AUGGAUGAUACUCUAUGUUCAAACUUUGAUAUUUUGAGGAUGCAUUUACCCGCUAAAUUAGGCGGAACUGCAAAACGUGAACUAAAAAAUAUUAUUGAUUUCCAAAAUUAUUGCCAUAAUGAUAACUGCAAUACUGAUCUCGAAAAAAUUACGGUUGGAUUUUUAUGGUUACUUGGAAAAUAUUAUUCUAUAUCCCAAAAUAGAAGUUAUAAUGAAAAUAAUACUAAUCCAUUUUUUCUAUAUAUGAUUUCAUGGUUUAGUUACCAAUUAAAUAAAAUCACAGGGCACAAUUCCACCACAAUAAACGAUUUUUAUAAUAAAAAAAUAAAAAAUAAUGAUAAAUAUAAAAAAUUUAGAGAUGAUUCCAGUAAAUUUACAAAUCUUGAUGAAGACUUAAAUAAAAAAAGUGAUUUUUUGAAUAUUAAUAUUAAAGAUCUGUCUAAAUUUUAUGAUCCAUUUAAACUAUUAUGUAGUAUGUAUGGUAAUGCUGCAAUGAAUAUAAAUGACGCCACCCUGUCAAAUACUGCUACUAGUUUUGUUAACACAUAUACAGAGCUUAACAAUAAUUAUAAUGCUAAAGGUACCGCAUAUAGUCAAAUAUUGUCUGCUUUAUCAACUGAUUAUAAUAAUUUAAAAACUAAAUGUAAAGAUUGUUCAUCCCUUCCAGCGAUAAAAACAACACAGAAUCAUGUGUUAAGUUCUAAAAAUAACUCUGAACAAAGUUCUGGACAAAGUUCUCGGCAAUUUUCUGCAAAAACAUAUGAAGUUACAUCAAGUUCGUCGAUAGGAAACAAAUUAUUUACAGUUUUAUCGAUAUUUGGUGCAAUAGCAUUUUUUUUAGGAAUCUCAUAUAAGUAUUCAUUAUUUGGAUUUCGGAAACGAGCUCAAAAACAAUAUUUAAGAGAAAAAAUAAGAAAUAUAAAGAAGAAAAUGAGUUGUUAA